AAUGGGGCUGGUCGGCGUCGCAAUGGCUUUCGUGGUCGGGAAUCUGGGAACCAUCAACCACGUGAUCUACGCCAUCGACGGCGCGAUCGGAGGCCCUCUGUGCGGGCUCUUCUUUGUCGGCAUCUUCACUCCCUGGGUCAACCCGAAGGCCGCAUUUAUAGGCCUGUUUCUGUCGUCUGUGGUCAACCUGUGGAUCGGCAUUGGGCAGUUCGUGAUAGGCGGGAAGUCUCCCGUGCGCCUCCCGCUGACGGUGGACGCAUGCGCAGGAGAGGAUCUCUUGACCACGCCCCCUUUCUCAUUCAACACCACGUUACCUGCUACUCUCAAUGCCACCCUUAGUGCCUCCCUCAGUGACACAGAAGCUCUACCUCACCACACCAUAUACGACCUGUCCUACUGCUACAACGGCGCCAUCGGAAUAAUCCUAAACAUUGUGAUUAGCAGCAUCGCGUCCAUCUGCACAGGACCUCUUCUGCCCAGGGACAUAAGGUCCGAUUUGGUUUACCCGCCUUGCUCAAAGCUCUACCGCCGCCUGUGCUCCCUCCUCGGACAUCGCCUUGAAGACAGCAAGGAGGAAUGCGCCGAGAAAGAAAUUACUCUCUCCAUGUUGCCUUCGAAAUGAUUUGAUGCACCGAAGACGCUAGUUAAAAACGGUAC